ACUGCCGAGUGGAUCCUCGACUCUGGUGCAACGCACCACUUGUGCACCGACCGAAACCUGUUAUUUGGUGUGGAGCCUGCGAAAUUGACUAUCAAGGUCGCGAACUCUAAAACAAUUGUGGCUUCUCUUAAGGGGAGCUGUCUACUCCAGAUUACAGUCGGCGUGAUCAAGCGCAGCAUUCAACUUACAAAUGUGUACUACUGUGAGCAAGUC